AUGCCGCAGCCAGGAAUAGAACCCCAAUGGUCAGCAUACCUCGAAAGAUACGAUGGAUGGAAUCCCGAGUUGAGGGCCGAGUUCGCCCGUGGUCCCGGAGGCUUCGUGAGGGGUUGGCCAUCCAAAGGCGGCGUUUACGUCUUGUCCCACUGCUUCGGCGUUGAAUUGGAGUUUCUAGGACUGGAUCGUUUCAACAACACCCCUCGCCCAUCUAUAUCUGAUCCCACCGCCGCCGCCGAUGAAGAGACGCAUUGCAAUAAAAUGCGACAGCUGGGUGCCAGCUGGUACAAGAACGAAAACCAGUAUAAAGCUUAUAAUAUUGCACCUGAGGCCUUCAAUAUGGACUUAACAUAUGCUGGCUGGCCCGCGGGAGGUGGAGUAUGGGUUUUGAUUAUAUCAAGAACGCAGGCGAGAAUGAAAGGUACCGCCAUCAUACAUAAUGCUUUCAACAUGGAAGAACGGUGCAAGGCGAUUGAGCGGUUGGGGGGCCGCUUUUAUGAGAAUCCGAAAGAUUGUCCAUUCCUGGAUCUGCCUUGAGCCCCAUCGGCAGUUAGGUAAUUGCAU